CUCCGCUCGUUACUGCCCACCAUCAAUCAAUCGUCUGGUCUCUCUCUCUUGUUUGUAGCCACCAUCAGUCAAUCGCACCUAGCAUCUCUCAUUAAUUUCCUCUUCUUCCUUCCCCAUUUUAACUUGCCUACGAAGUGGAGGUAGACAUGCCAGAAGCUAAGAAGAAUAGCAACGAUGAGAAGGGAUUAAAGUUGAUAGAGGAUGUGACGAGUAAGGCCGAAGAGGUGCAGGACCGCGUUCUUGCUGAUAUACUGAAGCGUAACGCCAACACUGAGUAUUUGAGGCGCCGUGGCCUUGAAGGCCGCACCGAUAGAGAGAGCUUCAAGCGCAUGCUCCCUGUUAUAACAUACGAAGAUAUACAGCCUGACAUUCAUCGAAUUGCCAAUGGAGAUAAAUCUCCCAUCCUUUGCUCCCAUGCUGUAUCUGAAUUUCUCACCAGCUCGGGAACUUCAGGCGGAGAGCGCAAGCUCAUGCCGACCAUCGAGGAAGACAUGGAUAGAAGGGCUCUCUUCUACAGCCUCCUUAUCCCUAUUAUGAACCAGCAUGUACCAGGCCUUGACAAAGGCAAAGGAAUGUACUUCCUCUUCGUUAAAUCAGAGGCCAAGACACCCAGUGGGCUCUUGGCUCGCCCUGUUCUCACAAGCUACUACAAAAGCAAGCACUUCACUGAGAGACCAUAUGAUCCAUUCAACGUGUACACAAGCCCAAAUGAAGCCAUCUUGUGUCCUGAUUCCUAUCAAAGUAUGUAUUCUCAACUCCUAUGUGGCCUUGCUCAGAACCAAGAGGUUUUAAGGGUCGGCGCCGUGUUUGCCUCUGGUUUCAUAAGAGCCAUUCAUUUCCUUGAACAACACUGGCGCCUUCUCUGUGAAGACCUAAGGUCCGGCUCCGUCAAUCCACACAUCACCGACCCUGGUGUGAGAGAGGCAGUGAUGAAGAUACUUAAACCUAAACCCAAGCUUGCUGAUUUUAUUGAGAUGGAGUGUAGUAAGGGGUCUUGGAAGAGCAUUAUCACUAGGCUUUGGCCUAACACAAAGUAUAUUGAUGUCAUAGUAACUGGGACUAUGUCUCAGUAUAUAGCCACACUUGAUUUUUACAGUAAUGGGUUGCCUCUUGUUUGCACCAUGUAUGGCUCUUCUGAGUGUUACUUUGGGCUGAAUUUGAAGCCACUUUGUAAGCCAAGUGAGGUGGCUUAUACCCUUUUGCCCACCAUGGCUUACUUCGAGUUUUUGCCUGUGAACAAGAGUAAUGGGGUAUGUGAGAUUUCAGUGCCAAAGGAUCUGAAUGAGAAGGAGAAGAAGGGGCUUGUGGAUCUUGUGGAUGUUGAGGUUGGGCAGGAGUACGAGCUUGUUGUCACAACCUAUGCAGGAUUGUACCGCUACAGGGUGGGCGAUGUGCUAAGAGUUGCUGGGUUCAAGAACAAAGCGCCCCAAUUCAACUUCGUUUGUCGCAAGAACGUGGCCCUAAGUAUCGAGUCCGACAAGACGGAUGAGGUCGAGCUCCACAAUGCGGUGAUUCGAGCCUCGAUCCACCUUGAGCCAUUCGAUGCAUCACUUGUCGAGUACACGAGCCAUGCCGACACCACUACCAUACCUGGCCAUUAUGUGCUAUAUUGGGAGCUACGUGAUGGCCAAACCCAUGUACCGCCCUUUGUGUUUGAAGACUGUUGCUUAACCAUUGAAGAGUCUCUAAAUAGUGUUUAUCGACAAAGUCGAGCCUCAGAUAAAUCGAUCGGGCCUCUUGAAAUUAGGGUUGUUGAGUCAGGGACCUUUGAUAAACUCAUGGACUAUGCCCUUAGCCGUGGUGCAUCAAUAAACCAAUAUAAAGCACCAAGAUGUGUGAAGUUUAAGCCUAUAGUGGAGUUGCUGGACUCUAGGGUUGUCGGCAAAUAUUUUAGUCCUAAGUGCCCUAAGUGGGUGCCUGGACAUAAGAAAUGGAGCAACAACUCCUAGACUUUGAUGACCUCGAUCGAGAAAAAUUGGUGCUUCAGGGGAAAUGCUUUUUGGAGAAGACCCUAUUUUUGUUUUUUUUUUUCUUUGAUUCUACUUUUUUGGUUUUUUUUUUUAAGUUUGUUAAGUUAUAUGAGUAUUAUUAGACAUGUAGUAUGUAUGUACAAAACAAGUCGUUAGUGAAAACAGGUUUGAGAAAUCGUAGCGUAGGGGUC